AUGUCUUUAGAAUUAGAAAUGGAUCCUCUCUCGGAAGAUACAAAGACCCCGAAUGCCUCUUCCAACAGUAAAAAUUCAUCCGAAAAAACACCAUUACUUCCGAUCGCCUCAAAAUAUUACACAUCAUCCUCCAAUCCUCGGAUCUAUUCUUCCUUCUCGGAUUAUCUUCCAAAUUCCUUUUUAUCCUGGAUUCCUCAUCCCGUAAUAUCCACGGUUUCAUAUCUCUCAUCGAAAGUCUCGACCACAUCUUCGGCCAUAAUCUCUCACAUCCCCAUAAUCCCUCUAUCUCAUAUCACCUCUUCUAUCUCCUC